UAAAGACCCAAAAAGAAAAAUCAUUGAUUUAGAUGAAAGCCAAAUUAUUCAAAAUAUAACUCAAGAACAAGAUUCAUAUUACAAUGUUCCACCUGACAACAUCAAAUUAGAAUCUUCACAUCUACGUUUCCUUAAUGAUGAAGACCUUUAUAAAACAAAGGAUGGAAGAGAUAUGCUAUUCUAUGAUAGCAAAAAGAAUACUGAAAUUGAUGUUGUCAUCUAUGCCUUUUCAUAUAUUAUGGAUUUGCUUAAUCAAGGUCUUGAAAUUCAACAGAAGUG